AUAUGCACGGGCACGUCUCACUGACGGAGGAGGACAACAUGGCUGCCUCCUUGCGUCUGGGUCGUCAAGGAAUUUUAUUUGGCCUCAGAUUGUCAACUUUUAAAUGCUCAUGGGGCUCACACCCUUUGCAGGAGCAGGGCAGACACAUCUUUCUGUCACCAUGUUUCUUCGGUGUCAGCCCACUCAAAGUGCAAAUGCCGGCUCUGUCCCCCACCAUGGAGGAGGGAAACAUAGUCAAAUGGCUGAAGAAGGAAGGUGAGGCAGUGGCAGCAGGUGAUGCCCUUUGUGAGAUUGAGACUGACAAGGCUGUUGUUACAAUGGAAUCCAACGAUGACGGUGUCAUGGCAAAGAUAUUGAUGGAGGAGGGUAGUCGCAACGUACGCCUGGGCACUCUCAUUGCCCUCAUGGUAGAAGAAGGGCAGGACUGGAAGCAGGUUGAGAUACCCCCUCCAGAAGCUGCAGCUCCUCCUGCUGCACAUGCAGCUGCUGUGCCGGUUGUGCCCCCUGCUGCUCCCCCUCCACCUCCUCCACCAAAACCUGCCACAUCAGGACCGUUACGUCUGAGUCCAGCCGCAAGACACAUCCUGGACACCCAUGGAAUAGACCCAAAGUUGGCCACACCCACUGGACCAAGAGGACUUAUCACCAAGGAGGAUGCAUUGAAUCUGUUGAAGAUGUCUCCUGCCCCCAAAGCUUCUCCAGCCAAGGCAGUCCCGGCUACCCCGAGUCCUGUCCCUGCACCAACAACUGCCCCUCCACCGCCAGGCAGCAGGCCUAACAUGCCUCCUCUCUCUGUACCAGGGAAACCGGGAGCACCGGGCACUUUCACAGAGAUCCCUGCCUCAAAUGUCCGCCGUGUGAUUGCUCAAAGACUAACACAAUCGAAGACCACCAUCCCCCACUCAUAUGCCUCGGUUGACUGUGACAUGGCUGCUGUCAUGCACCUCCGCAAAGACUUAGCCAAAGAACAAGUCAAAGUGUCUGUCAAUGAUUUCAUUAUCAAGGCAGCUGCUGUAACACUUAAAGAGAUGCCGGAAGUGAAUGUGACCUGGUCUGGUGAUGGACCACGUGCACUUGAUUCAAUCCACAUUUCGAUCGCAGUGGCAACUGACAAGGGCCUCAUUACCCCCAUCAUCAAGGAUGCUGCAAACAAAGGGGUUCAGGAGAUCUCAGCUAAUGCUAAGGCACUGGCCCAGAAGGCUCGAGAUGGAAAACUUCUACCUGAGGAGUACCAGGGAGGCUCAUUCAGUAUAUCUAACCUGGGGAUGUUUGGUAUCAGUGGCUUCAGCGCGGUGAUCAACCCCCCUCAGGCGUGUAUCCUUGCAGUCGGGACCUCCAGGGCCGAGCUGCAACUGUGCGAAGAUGACCAGACCCUGCGCACCCGACAGCUGAUGACCGUUACACUGUCCAGUGAUGGACGACUGGUGGAUGACGAAUUAGCUUCGCGGUUUCUAGAUAAAUUCCGUGCCAACCUAGAACAACCUCAACGGAUGGCCCUGGCCUGAAAAAAACAAAGUAAGAUAGCUGUUUGAAAGUGAGAAGUAAGAAGACAAAGCAAGAAGCCCCUGCAUGACAAAGCCUGUCUCAUGCUCUCACAAGCCCAGAGCUCUAAAGCUUACAAAGUAGGCUUGUACAUAAUAUAAACUUCUGUUUGAGGCUUGCUUCAGACAGUUAAUUACCAGGCUUUGUGAUGGAGGAGUUAAACUGGGCUUCUGCUUGAGAGGCAGAAGAUUCUAGCAGCAAUGUUAAAUAUUAUGAAGACAGAUGUUGCUUAGCAGGGAACACACUUCAACUGGGGUGGUUUUUCUAUCACACCAGUGUUGUGUGUGUAUAUAUAAAGUGGUUAUUCUAGUUCAAUUUUUCAAUCCCAGUGCAUCUACUGUGUGUCAACCCCCCAUAUGCAUUAGUCAGAUAUUUAUAACUAAAAAUCAACAAUGUCAUUUCUGAUAAAAAUGAACCAUUUCCUGCUGUUACAGGAUUCAAGCACUUAAUUGUCCAUGUUAAUAUGUUUUUACUUAUUUAAAAGAGAUGUUGUGACAUACCUGAAAAUUAAUUUCACAAGUCAAUGUGUAUACAAAAUAAUUACAAUCAUCUAGCUUUUGGUUUCCUUAGAUGCCAAUAAAACGCACUGUUCAACAUUUAAA